AUGGCUCUACUUCUUGCCGCUUCUGCCAUGAAUCACACUGCCCAUCCAGGCCUUAGAAGCCAUAUAGGACCCAAUAACGAGACUUCCUCACGGCACCUUUCUUCUUCAUCACAAAAUAGUAGGAAGCGAAGGUCUGACCUUAGCCUUAGGUCACGAGCUCAAAGGAUAAGCAGUCAGCUUGGAAGCCAAAAGCUGCACCCCUGGGAAAUCCCUAGAAGGGACUGGUUCCCCCCUAACUUUCUCUUCGGUGCCGCCACUUCAGCAUACCAAAUUGAAGGUGCUUGGAAUGAAGAUGGAAAGGGGCCAAGCACUUGGGAUCACUUCUGCCACAACUUUCCGGAAUGGAUAAUGGACAGGAGCAAUGGGGAUGUUGCAGCGGAUUCCUACCAUAUGUACGCUGAGGAUGUCCGGUUGCUGAAGGAAAUGGGCAUGGACGCCUAUAGGUUCUCCAUCUCCUGGCCCAGAAUACUGCCGAAGGGAACGCUCGAUGGAGGCAUUAACAACAAAGGCAUUGAGUACUACAACAAGUUGAUCGACUUGUUGCUAGAGAACGGCAUAGAGCCAUAUGUAACACUUUUCCACUGGGACACGCCUCAAGCGCUGGUAGACGCGUAUGGCGGCUUCUUAGAUGAGAGGAUUAUAAAAGAUUACACAGACUUCGCUAAAGUGUGCUUUAAAAACUUCGGUAAGAAGGUGAAGAACUGGUUGACCUUUAACGAGCCGGAGACAUUUUGUUCCGUUUCCUACGGAACUGGAGUCCUUGCCCCAGGGCGUUGCUCACCAGGACUAAGUUGUGCUUGUGCCGUCCCAACUGGAAACUCACUCACCGAGCCAUACAUUGUUGCCCACAACCUUCUCCGAGCUCAUGCUGAGGCUGUUGAUCUUUACAAUAAGUAUCAUAAGGGUGCGGACGGCCGCAUAGGGCUUGCGUUAAAUGUAUUUGGUCGUGUGCCAUACACAAAUACGUUUCUCGAUCAACAGGCCCAAGAAAGGUCCAUGGACAACUGCCUAGGAUGGUUCUUGGAGCCAGUGGUUCGAGGUGACUACCCCUUCUCCAUGAGAGCGUUGGCAAGGCAUCGGGUACCCCACUUCAAAGAAGAAGAGCAAGAGAAGCUAGUGGGUUCCUAUGACAUAAUCGGGAUAAACUACUACACCUCAACGUUCUCCAAGCACAUCGACAUCUCACCAAAAUACUCGCCAUUACUCAACACCGACGACGCCUAUGCCAAACAAAAAACCAAAGGGCCUGACGGGAAUGCUAUUGGUCCUCCUACUGGAAAUGCAUGGAUCAAUAUGUACCCUAAAGGCCUGCACGAUAUCCUUAUGAUCAUGAAGAACAAGUACGGAAACCCACCCAUCUACAUCACUGAGAACGGGAUGGGGGACAUUGACAAUGGCGAUCUACCCAAACCAGAUGCCUUGAAUGACCACACAAGGCUAGAUUUCAUCCAGCGCCACCUCUCUGUUCUUAAACAAUCUAUAGACUUGGGAGCAGACGUGCGCGGCUACUUCGCGUGGACUCUGCUGGACAACUUCGAAUGGUCCAGCGGCUACACCGAACGUUUCGGGCUCGUCUACGUCGACCGUGAGAAUGGCUGCGAGCGCACCAUGAAGCGAUCAGCCAGGUGGUUGCAAGACUUCAACGGAGCUGCCAAGACGGUUCCUCAAAAUAAUAAGAUUCUUCUUACGCCUGCAGCUUAA